AUGUGGCAUAAAGGUCUUUCACCUACGCAAACCGUGGGAGUCUUGCACACUACGUACAUAUUGAUUUUCAAAUUAAAUCCAGCAAACAAAAGAAACACAGUCAUGGACGUUCGUGAGGAGCUAAUUAACAGAUUGCUGAGGAUUAUCGAGCAGUUUUCCCGGAAAUUAAGGAUUGCGUUGUAUCUACCCACGCUUCUGAAGCAAGAUAGGUUUCGAAGGUUUUGCAAACACCACCAUGUGAGGGAAUUGAGGCAGUUUUACUAUAUCUGCGAAAGAGAAAAUUUAUUGAACGAGCAUGUUUACCAGGCCGAUCCGGAAAAUGGUAAAUUGAAAUUGACAAUCGUUACUCUCGUUUUACAACGUAAGAAAAGUACUUGUUCCUUUUCAGAAUCGAGACAGAUAGUUUUGUAUCAAGGUGGCAAUGAUCAAUUAUUGACGUAUAUGCCAGCGGUGUUGGAAGUAAGUUGUAUUUACUGCUUUUCCAAAAAUGAAAUGCUGUCUAUGGCGAUCGAUAAAGAGGACGAGGAUUCCAAGAGUCGUAGAGAAACGUUAGAAUGCGUACGGUCAUUGCAACAAGUCGUGGAAUGGCAAAUGAGAAUGACACCGAAACAAGUGCGCGAGCGAAAAUUAGAGCUGCGAAACGCCGAAAUUUUAAUUGCCAGAGCUCGAGAAGACAUCAAAAAACUCCACAAUGAAUUUAUCGACGAGGCCCAAGAACAUGCUGAAACAGUGGAAAAAUCACGAGAAGAAAUAGAAAAUCUGAAUGCCAUGAUCGACGAGUCGAGACGAAAACACAAAAAGGAAAUCGACCUUGAGACACAAUGUUACGAGCGAAAUUUGCGUGAACUGAGGGACGACGCAGCAGAAGAGGAGAAUAAUCUGCAUAAUCAAGUGAAGGCCCAUGCCGCAAUGCUGGACAACUUAACGAUUGUUAAUUUGGAGCACGAGAAAUAUUUGAGAAAAUUGUGUAUAGAAGCUGAAAAGAAAAACACAAUAGCACGAAAUAGCUAUGAUCGAGACCUAACGAAACUAAACGAGCUGAAAGAAAUGUUGCAAAAUGAACUAAGCGUCCUAAACCGCCAGUACGAAAUUCUGAAGAAUGAGUACGAAGUUCAAAGCGUACUAUACUUGAACUUGAAGAAAGAGCGCGAACUUGCAAUGAUGCAAGCUUUCGCAGAGCAGCUCGACAAUUUUGAGAAGAACCGUGCGGCUCGCAUUAUUCAAAGGACUUGGCGCGCUUAUCAUGAGAGAAUAUCUGCCAGACAGAAGAAGAAGAGAGGACGAAAGGCAAAUAAAUAAUUCAUUAUCGCUGCAGAAUUCACAUCGACUAUUCAAUUUCUUUUAUUUCAUCAAUUCAUACGCGAUAACUAUUUUCACUGGUAAAUUUUAGGCUUUGAUUUGCUGUUAAUUCUCGCUGGAAGUAAUACAUAACUCUUGAUUAUUUAUGACCUAGACUUUACGUAUACCCACCUAAGCGUACAACACGAAAGCAGACUUACCGUCAUUGAAUAAAAAAUUACUAUACGAAAUGAUCAUAGCGCACUUAGUACUUUGAAUAUGUCAACGGUAGUCACACCUACAUUCGUAAAGAUCAUUAGCUUCAUACGGCGAAAACAAAAUUAAAAAAAACAGUACAAAAAUCUUUUUCGCGAUUCUUCGAAAGCAGCUCACGUAUGCAAUAGCGCCUUAUGGAAUCGAUAAGCCCGGUGGCAGUAUGUGUAUAUCACCAGCGAAGGCGCCAGGGAUACAUUGAGAAAGAAAGGUCUAGCGAAUGCGGCGCGUGAGCGGGAGAACUUGAUUGCGGCCAAGUGAUCGGCGCAACUUUAUUAGCGGCUUUCCGCUUGUUAAUUCGCUCGAAAUAUCGAUCGGCAUGUUCGCUGCCACUACUUUGCCGCGUCCAUUGUAGAACAGCAGGAUUCUAUCCGCAAGCGUCUCGUUGGCUAAACUCGCAAAUAUCGGCCUUUUCGCACCUUUGUCCGUGCCACGCACUGUACAAUAACAGUUUGCAAGUCAAUUGAACUUGAUUCAUAUUUCAAGUUUUUAUAACAGACUGCGAUUUUACUAUCAAAAUAAAUUCGUCAAAAUGAAAAUUCCUUACGUGUAGUUAUUUCUGUCCUUAUGUUUAGCAUCACUCUCAUGGAAACCUCGGCUGGUUAUAGCAAUACGCAGCAUAUCAUUUACGUUUUAUCCGUGACAGCGCAUGUAUAUCAAAUUUUGCUAUUUUUUUUUUGACGAUGCGACGAGUUCUAAGUAUUGCCUUAGAACUCGUCGCAUCGUCACGAGUGGCCACUCUCUUUUUUACCGUUUUUACAGCCAAAACACACUACGACUAUUGGGGAGGAUGCCUCCAGAGGAAACUGCUACAGCAUUUUAUAUAGCCGCCGUGUUAAAAGAGGUGAGCGGUAUAGAAAUGCUUCUGAAGCGUGCAUUGCUAAUGUAUAGCGAUCGUAGAAUAUACACGUGAACGUGCAAUACUCUUCUACAGUCAUUCAAAGCCGCCAACAGGCUUUGAAAAAGACCAUGAUCAAUGCCAUGAACUCCUUCCUUGAUGACGUGUAGAGCUUUAAUUUAUUGUUGGUGAAAAAAAGUGACGAACUGUCUUCAAUGUUGCA